AUGCGCAAUAAGGAGCUCUUGACGGUGCUCCGACACGCCACCGGCCGCAUCCAUACGUCCUGCAGCGCGGUGCCUCUUUCGGAGAGUAGCCUAGAGCAGAGCGGCGAUGUCGGGGACAAGGCGGCCAUCAUCCUUGAUCUACAUGGUCUGGACAACCCUGUGGGGUGCGAAGGAAGGGGAAGGGAUGCGGAUGUUAUGUCUACGGCCUUUUGCAAGGAGAAGCUGCGGCUGGUGCGGAAGCGGCUAGACGACCUUUUGGCCCUCGCGGAAGCGAGGUUCCUGGCGUUUCGCUUCGAGGUGCUCCCCGACUGCUGGCGACAGCUCUACGUGGACGUCAGGGUGCUCUCCUUCCAUCUCGGGGUGCUACGGGGGCCGGCGAUGCGGACGUUGCGGAAGCGCGGGGCAGCGGCCGACGACGGCUUCCGGGCGGACCAGGAGGCGGAUAGGGAGGUGGCGGACCUGGUGAAGGUGCUGGAUUUGGCGAUUAUCGUGGCUGGGGGCGGGCCGGGCGGGGGUAGGGAGUUGGUGAAUAGGCUUCUGGGCUUGCUGGAGAAGACGUGGAACGGCGAUGGAGGGGCCGGUGGUGGUGGUCACAGGUGUGAUGGCUUGGAUGGGAGGAGGGCGAAGAGGCAGAGGCGUGGUACAAUCUGCUUACCAAGCGACAACGGCAACGACGACGACGACGAGGAUGACGAGUAUCCCGGUGAGGGGAGGAGCGGCUCGCUGGCGGGACGAACCCGCCUUUUCCGACAAAGUGGUGGGUGGCUUCGCACCCCCGUGACGCGGCCGGCGGAGCGCAUCGACGGGGUGUCGAUGGACGCGUUCCAAAAGUACAUUGACCCAGCGACGAACCCGGAGCCCGUCGUGCCCGUCGUGUUCACGGACCUGAUGGGGGCGUGGCCCGCGCUGGCGGACCGACCGUGGUCGCGGCCGGGGUACCUGCUCUCCCAGACGUUUGGCGGCCGGCGCUACGUGCCCGUGGAGAUUGGGCGGAGCUACGUGGACGAAGGGUGGACGCAGAAGCUGAUCCCCUUUGCCGAGUUCCUGGCGACGUAUAUUGAUCCGAGCCUCGCUCCGCAUCCGGACGCGGGGAGGAGGACGGUCGAAGAGCCGCCGCCGGCGCGACACAAAACAACAGCCCGAGCCUGGUGGCGGGAGAAGCAGCAGCAGCAGAAGGAACCAAGGGCCGCCGCCGCACCGGACCCGGCGCAGAACAAGCCCAAGGUGGCGGCGCCGCAGCUGCACGCGUGGUUCGGCCCCGGCGGGACAAUCACCCCGCUGCACACGGAUAGCGUGCAUAACUUGCUCUGCCAGGUCGUGGGGCGCAAGUACGUCCGCUUGUAUCCGCCCGCGGCGGCGGAGGCCAUGAUGCCCCGCGGGCGUGAGCUUCUGGUGGAAUUGAACAAGAUUUAA